GGAAAAAGAGAAGGGGUGCUGGGCCUGGCGGGCGAAGUGAGGGUGCGGACCGCUGGGCGGUGUCCAACGAGCUGCGGGGUCCGGGGCGCCAGGGUUCACCGCACACCUCAAGAAGUUCCUGAGUGAGCCGGCCAGCUAGGUCCACAGGACGGGACCAUGGGCUGCUUCUUCUCCAAGAGGCGGAAGACUGAGAAGGAGUCGCGGCCCGAGAGCGAGGAGGAGCAGCCAAAGCAGUACAGCUGGGACCAGCGUGAGAAGGUGGAUCCAAAAGACUACAUGUUCAGUGGACUGAAGGAUGAAACAGUAGGUCGCUUACCUGGAAAAGUGGCAGGACAACAGUUUCUUAUUCAAGACUGUGAGAACUGUAACAUCUACAUUUUUGAUCACUCUGCCACAGUUACUAUCGAUGACUGUACUAACUGCAUCAUUUUUCUGGGACCUGUGAAAGGCAGUGUGUUUUUCCGGAAUUGCAGAGAUUGCAAGUGCACGUUAGCCUGCCAACAAUUUCGUGUGCGUGAUUGUAGAAAGCUGGAAGUCUUUUUGUGCUGCGCAACGCAACCCAUUAUUGAGUCUUCCACAAAUAUCAAGUUUGGCUGUUUUCAGUGGUACUACCCUGAAUUAGCUUUUCAGUUCAAAGAUGCAGGGCUGAGUAUCUUCAAUAAUACAUGGAGUAAUAUUCAUGACUUUACACCUGUGUCCGGAGAACUCAACUGGAGUCUUCUUCCAGAAAAUGCUGUGGUGCAGGACUAUGUUCCUGUACCUACUACUGAAGAGCUCAAAGCUGUCCGCGUUUCCACAGAAGCUAAUAGAAGCAUCGUUCCAGUAUCCCGGGGUCAGAGACAGAAGAACAGUGAUGAAUCGUGCUUAGUGGUGUUAUUUGCUGGUGAUUAUACUAUCGCAAAUGCCAGGAAACUAAUUGAUGAGAUGGUUGGUAAAGGCUUUUUCCUAGUUCAAACAAAGGAAGUGACCAUGAAAGCUGAGGAUGCUCAAAGGGUUUUUCGAGAAAAAGCAUCUGACUUCCUUCCUCUUCUGAACAAAGGUCCUGUUAUUGCUUUGGAGUUUAACGGAGAUGGUGCUGUAGAACAAUGUCAACUUAUUGUAGACGAGAUCUUCAGUGGGACCAAGAUGUUUGUAUCAGAAAGCAAAGAGACAGCGUCUGAAGAUGUAGACAACUUCUACAACUUUGCUGAUGUACAAAUGGGCAUGUGAAGUACAAUGUGGAACCAAAGACUUGGGAUUGAGCCCUUUCUAACUUGAAUAUAUAAAAUUUGAGAACAUAAUUUUGUGUAUUGGCAAUGGUUUGUACUAAUGCUAAAAUUGCUGGAGUAUUUUUAAUAAAUUGCUGAAUUCUGCAUCAUUUACUUGAGGUACAAAAGUGAUUCACUUUAAAUAAAGUAGUUUUAAUCACUUGAACCCACUUCAGUAAGCUUACAGUCUUCUUUCUCUGCAUAUGGUACUCUAAUUAGAAAAUAUAAGUGGCUAACUGUUCAUGAGUUUAGUCCUAAGUGUUCUGUUAAAUUUCUAAUAAUUUAAACUUUCCUCAUUGCUCCAUGAUAUUUGUUUGAAAGUAUAUUUCAUUCAAUGCAUAUGUUAUCUUUUUUUAAUUCAGAGGGACAGAGGGAUUUAUCACUAGUUGAUCAGUUAAACUGCGUACUUUUGUCCAUGUAUAUAUAUAGUCAGUUAAAUAAUUGCUUCCCACUUGCAUUAUUUGGCAAAUGAGAUUUUGUACCUGGAGUUGAUAUAAUACUUUGUAUAUUAAUUUUUUAAGGAAAUGGGUGUUGAUAACAACCUUUGCAAAUAACUCUACUAACUGAUGUUGGUAUAGCUAUUUAAAGACUACUCUGUAAGUAGUCAGACUAUUUUGAUAAAUUCCUCAUUGUUUUUUAAUACAACUGCUAGAUGACUCUUUUGCUUCCUGGUAAGAGAAGGCAUAUGCAACACUAACAUUAUAGAAGUUCAAUCACCAGCAGUUGUUUUAUCAGUGCUUGUGAGCUAUCCAGAGAAUUAGGACAAAACCUUGUGACAUUUAGUUAAGAAAUACUUGGGCAUUAAGCUAUGUAGAUUAUUAAAAAGCUUGAUACAUGUGACUUUUAUUAGUUAUAACAUUCAUUUCAAGUAAUGUUCAAAUAUGAUAAAAUUAUUUUGGUUGCUUUAAAGCAUUGUUUCCCAAAUAUACUUAAUCAUAGUAACUUACCAAGAAGCAGGCGAGAGUUCCUUGUUUAAAAAUCCACAGUCUCAGAAGUAGUCCUCAGAUGUGUGGAUUCAGUCCUCAGAGGAAGCCGUUCUAAGGACUAUGUUGUAACCAACAGAAGUUUAGCAGGUGCUGAUAGGUUGAUCUCGUGAGAAAGAACUGAACCUGUCCUCCCCAUACCCAAAUAGCAGCUUUCAGAGGCCUAUUUUUAAAAGGAAUUUGCAAUUUAAUUCUAUUUUGAUAAUCUAAGAUUGAAAAUAGCCACUUGUAAUCAUGACUUUUCUGAUUGUCACUAAGAACUCAUUUUCAUGUUUCAAAUGUUUUGAAGACUUUCAGGUUAAUUCAUAACUACUGCAUUGAAUUGUGUGUUGAUGUGCACAAAGAAGCCAUUGCAAGACCUUCCACUUUAAUAACAUGGAGCACCCAAUCUGUGCCUGGCCUCCUGCUAACCAUGAGCAGUGAAUCAUUUCAACUCUUUUAUAAGAGCAUUCUAUAUUACAAAAUCAGCAUGAUUUCGUAAGGUACAAAUAAAAAUCGGUGACAGGUUUAAUAUAAACUUGAUCAUAAUUUACAAAUGGUCCUUGCAAAUAGAGGACAUUAACUUUUCCCUUAGUUAAGCCCAUUUAAGUAUUCCUUCCUGUCAUGAUUAUAUUAUUAAAUACCAGUCACAUUUAAAAUAAUCACAGUACUUGGGUUUUUCAAAAAUAAAAUACAAUGUUAUACAAAACUAUAAAUUGAUUUUGUUUUAUCUAUGGUAUUUUGGCAAAAACUCAAAUAUAAGGGAGAUUUUAACUAAAAAAUUUCCACUAGACUUAGUGGCUAACCAAAGCCUAAACUUUUAUACUCUUCAGUUAGAUAAGAGCCUUUCCCAAGUUUAAUUUGUUUUGAAACACAGUCAUUUGUCUUCUGAAUGUUUGAAAAAAUUUUAAAAAAUAGGUAGUGCUGGGAUGGGCAUUUGGCCUAGUGGUAAGGAUAUUGGAUAUGAUGCCUACAUUCCAUGUUCAGAGUGCCUGGCUCUGGCUUCUGCCUCCAGCUUCCUGCUAAUGCACACACAGGGAGGCAGCAGUGAUGGCUCAAGUAAUUGGGUCUCUGCCACCCACAAGGGAGACCUGGAUGGAGUUCCCAGUUCCUGGCUUUAGUUCCCGCCCAGCCCCAGCUGUUGCAGGUGUUUGGGAAGUGAAACAGCAGGUAGAAGACCCUUCUCUCUCUCAGAAGAAAAAUAAAUAGUGCUAUGGCAGUUUUCCCUAUAAAUCUAAACUUUGAUAGUAAUCAGAAUGUACUACAUUUCAUUUCUGAAUAGCUUUUGGAAUCAUGAAGAACUAUUAGUGAUAAAAAAUU